AUGAGACUCAUGUCCGGGAUCAUGAAAAGACUUCCGCAGCAUCCGCCGCAACCCGAAAUGAGCCCAAAGCUAACUCGAGCUUGUUUAGUCGGUAGUAAUGCUAUUUCGGCGUUCCUCUCCUGGCGACUUCAGGCUACAACGUCCUGUGAUGUGACUCUUGUCUGGAAAUCAGGAUUCGAAUCAGUAUCUCAGUAUGGAGUAUCAUUUAAGUCGAAAACAUAUGGCAAUGAACGCUUCAAACCCCGUCAUGUUGUUCGCGCUCCUGAAGAAGCAGCAUCUCGAGAGAACGCAUACGACUAUGUCAUUCUGUGCGUCAAGGCGCUGCCCGACGUCUACGAUCUUGCAUCUGUUAUCGAGUCCGUCGUCACACCUCAGCAUACAUGCAUCCUCGUGAACACAACGAAUACCCUUGGUGUAGAAUCUCAAUUGGAGCAGCGGUUCCCCACAAACGUGGUCCUCUCCCUGGUUUCCGGCGUGGAGAUUUCGCAGACUGGGGCUAGUGAAUUCGAGCAUUUGAAUUCGUCAGACAUCUGGGUCGGUGCAACGAGCAACAAUUCCAGCAUCCCGGCAUCGAUUCAGAAUGAUAUGGCUGCUGCUCUGGCAAUGACUUUGAGCUCAGGCCAAGUCAACUGCAGGGUGUCGGAAAACAUCAGACAGGAACAGUUCGAGCGCAUGAUAGGACCUAUCGCCUUUCAGCCAACAAGUGUUAUGUUUGAGACUUCGAGUCAUGCCCAACUCCUCGAGAAAGUCGGGGUCCGCCAACUCGUGACUGGUAUCAUCGAGGAGCUCAUCGAACUCGCGAAAUCACAAGGCUGCUCGUUCCCAAGUGACUUCGUCCAGAAGACGAUCGAGAAGAUGGUUGCCAUCGAGUCACCUAGCACAAUGUAUCAAGAUUUCCAAUCGCGACGUCCAAUGGAGAUAGAGACAUAUCUUGGGUCCCCAAUCAAAUUGGCGACGGAGUCAGGUAUCCGGGUUCCGCGAAUCGAGACACUUUACGCUGCCCUACAUCACAUCAACACAAACAAUCUUCACAAACCCUCAACCAAUGAUACGCCUCCCCCCAUACUAGCUCAGCCACCUCCCAGAAUGUCUUCGGCACCUCCCCCAAGAAACGGUCCUAUGCGGCCUCCGCCUGGUGGCAGGUCCGGCUCGGGUAUGAUGAUACCUCCUGGGCGCCGUGGGUAUCCUAUGCCCGGAAUGUCAAGGCCACCAAGCGGACAACCCCUUCCACCUUCGGCCAGGAUACCUCGCGAACCUUCUCUUGAGGGACUCGAGGAGUUCAGCCAUCUGGUCGUAUAUGACGAGUUUGCGGAAGGAGGCAUGCCCCGCCAGAAUGGCAGUAACGGCAUGCACGACAUGCCGCCCGGACCUCCGCCUGCAGCUGCAGAUCUGGCCCUGAGAGAACGGGAAUUGGCCCUCCGGCAGCGAGAGUUGCAGCUUCGCGAGCAAGAGAUGCAGAUGCGACGAGGACCUCGUAGUAGGGCAGCGCCAUCCAGAGCAGCAGCGUUCGAUGAAGAUGACGAGGAUGAUUAUUUCGAUCCCAUGGACAACAUCCCUAUUCCGCAUAUUGACCCAGACAGCGUCGAUAUGAUGAGCAUCACAUCGCGCAGGACAAGAAAAGCCCCCAGCGCGAGUCAAUUCCGGAAAAAUCCAGAAAUCAGUGUCAAUGGCAGGCCCCAAUCAUCCUUCAGUCGGUACCUCCCAGGUCGAAAACGCACCAGCGAGCGUAUUAUGCAGGAAAUCCCUGGGCUUCAUGAUUCCCUUAUGGACAACCCCAUGAUGGCCUAUUCAUCUAACCGGUACGGAUCCGUUGAUCGAAAUCAAAUACAAGCUGGGUCCCGUGCGAAUUCCAUGACGGCUAGCAGAAUGGGUGACUUCCCGCCACACCCUUAUCCACAGAGUCGGAGAAACAGCCAGUCCCCUGCUACCCCCUAUGGUGGACCCGGUCCGCGAAUGGGACGACCUUCAACCGCUCAAGAUCAACCUCUCGGUCCCCCUGGUCCUCACGGCGGCCAUCCAUCGCCGCCUGGCAACAUGCGGGCACCUGUUCCGAAAUAUCCUCCUGGACAUGGCAAUGCGGUAGGUCCGCAGCAAGUUGAGCAACAUUAUGGGGUGAGCAACCCGUAUCCCGCCAAGGGCACUCCCAAGCAUAGAAGUCUGACUGGAAGUGCGAGCGCCAGCGCGGAGAGUGGUGAUAGCGGAGCCAGUGCGAAUCUGGACUCCGAAGCUUCCGCCCAUAGCAGCCAAAUCAGCCUAGGUGCUCAGCAGGCUGCAAUGCCGGUUCGUUAA